CCUUGGCAACCAUGUACCGAUUUGUCCUACUCGCCCUGGUGGCUGCAGCUGCUGCUGACCACAGCUGUCCCCCGGUGGACACCGUCGCUGACUUUAAAUAUGACGAAUUCGCACAAGGUACAUGGUACGAGCUAGCCAGAUACAAGAACACCGCGAGGGAACAGGGCAUGUGUGGCAGGGCUGAAUACACGUUGGAAGGAGACACUUUCAAAAUCAAGAACUGCAACGUCCUCAACGGCAAGGAGCGAUGCAUUGACGGAGUCGGCAAACUGGACCCUGAGGCGGCCAACCAUGGAAAACUGAUCUGCUCAUACCCAUACGGACCUAGCAGAAAAAUGGUGGACAGCAAACUGAACGUCAUUGCUACUGACUACAAGACCUACGCCAUCCUGCACUACUGCAAACACGACGAGGCUAACAACAUUCAUAUGGACCUCUCCUGGGUGCUGGGUAGAUCCAAGAGCAUUUCCCCUGAAGACAGGGAAAAGGUUAUCAAAAUCAUCAAGGACUCCCCAGUCCUCGUGGAAAAGAAAUACGAAGAAGUUGACUUUUCUGAAGAAGCUUGCAAAAUCACUGUCUAAUCAAUUUAAGUUAAAGAUAUCCUGAUAGUCACCUUAAAUAAAAUUAUUCUAGC